CUUAUAUAUAUAUCACUCUCCCCUCUUACAAUCUUUCGAGGAAGCAAAAACUCAAUUAGACAAGAAGCACAAGAAGGAGAAGAGAAGCAGAGUUCGACCAAUCGAUCGUUUUACACAAACAAAGGUAGCUUUGUCGAUCGUUAGAUCAAUCGAUCUGUGGCUAUGGCGGAAGAGUUUAUUAAUCAAGUCGGCGUAUGUAGUGGCAAUUGGUGGAACCCAUCAAGGAACGCCCUCUUUGCAGGCGGCUUGUCGCUGUGCUCCGGUGCAGCCGGCGACGUGGCUAGCUAUGGCUGGCCGGUGGAGCCGAACUUCAGCAGCAUGACCUCCUCGUCCUCGGUGAACUCUGAUUGGACCCAGGCCUUGUUGUUUGGAGGAGGUGCUAAUAAUGGAAUAAGGACUCCUAGCGAAAGCAAUUUCAACUCCAACAAUAUUAUGCACGAAAGCGGGUCGUCCGAUUCGUCCCAGAUCAACAACGACUGGAGUCCCGGACUCCCCGGGAACUUUUCUGGGAAACCGGUUGAAGAUCAUGAAGAUUCCUCCCCCAUGAGCGGUUUCAGAAACCAAAUUAGUUUCCCUACCCAGUCAUCGGAGAACUAUGCUAACCAUGACAUUUCAUCGUCAUGUGGAUACCCUUCCAAUAUGAUCAAAAGUUUCUUGCUCGACCAAGCUCAACCUUCUCUCUUUGAGAACCGGCCAAAUCUUUCGGCAGCGGGUUAUUCCUCCCCAUUGGUCCCGAGCUACGGGUCGAGCUGCUCGGAUGAGUCAUCGCCUGCUUCUUUUGGGAAGCUGUCUUCUCUCUUGACACCGAUUAAUAGCUCACUUCCAAACCCUCCUCAGCCUAGCAGGCUUCAGUUCUCUAACAACACACCCUACUGGAACGCCUCCUUUUCAGCUCUUGAUGAUGUUUGUGCGGGUCUCUUUGCUUCACCACAGUCGACUCUUGCCGGUGGGUCACUUGAUGAGAAACCAGAUCACUCCAGCUUAACCCCAAAGGCUACCUCUCAAUAUUCUCGAGUAAGUGGGUCCUUGGAUAAGAAAGCAAGCCCGGAGCCUGCUUUCAAAAGGGCCAGAAUCGAAACACCAUCACCAUUACCAACGUUUAAGGUUCGAAAAGAGAAGUUAGGGGACCGAAUCACUGCACUCCAGCAACUAGUUUCACCUUUUGGAAAGACUGAUACGGCCUCAGUUCUCCAUGAAGCUAUUGAGUACAUCAAGUUCUUGCAUGAUCAAGUCAAUGUUUUAAGUUCCCCAUAUAUGAAAAAUGGAGCUCAGCCUCAGUAUCAACAGGCUUGUACCGAUAAUAAAGCUCCGAAAGAUGCAGAAGGGCCCAAGAUCGAUCUGAGGAGUCGCGGGCUCUGCUUGGUACCGAUAUCCAGCACAUUCCCAGUCACUAGUGAGACCCCAACCGAUUUUUGGAACCCAACUUUCGGGAGAUCCUUCCGAUAAACCCAUACGUAUAUACAUGUAUAUGGGGACCCUCCUAAGAAUACUGAUGACCACGUCCACAUCUAAUUCAGCAAAAAUUCAAGCGCAAAAUUACUUCAUCACACACAGGACGGGAAAAGGAGGAGGACCAGGAGACCCCCUUUUAAGUGCUGGGCCAGGGCUGCAAAGCAGAUUAAUGAUGGGAUGCUAUAGAAGAUGAUUGAACAAGAAUACCUUUAGUUUUUCCUUUUUAUGAAAUUAUUGAAAGGUGAGAGAUUAAUUAGGGACAGGAACAAGUGCUAAAUUCAGUUAAAAAUUAAGCUGACUUUAGUUUAUCCUAGUACCUCAAAAUUUAUUCUGUUUUUCUUUUUUUUUUUUUGCUUCUUUUUGAUUUUGUAAUUAGUCAAGCAGAGAAGCUGAAUUUAGCUCUUGGAGCUAAUCAAUGGAAAUGCUCCUUAUGUUCCUGUUCCUAUAUAUAUGCAAGUGCCUGUAUUAGUAUAUAUAGGGCUGGCACGCACCACCUCUUUAUUUUGUGCUUUUUUUUUUCUUGAAAUGAAGGAAAUAAUAGAGGGACAAUUUCUUGA